CCCUAAAAUAACUUCAUAUAAUUGCCCCAACGCAGCCGGCGCUGUUCUUCUGCCACUCUCUUUGCUCAUCUCCCUCUGACUUUGCAUCCCUUAAUCCUCAGAAUGGCGUCAGAGAAGAAGCUCUCGAACCCAAUGAGGGAUAUCAAAGUUCAGAAGCUCGUUCUCAACAUCUCCGUUGGUGAGAGUGGUGAUCGUCUCACCCGUGCCUCCAAGGUUUUGGAACAGCUCAGUGGUCAAACACCUGUCUUCUCCAAGGCGAGGUACACUGUGAGGUCUUUCGGUAUUAGACGUAAUGAAAAGAUUGCCUGCUACGUCACCGUGAGAGGAGACAAGGCAAUGCAGCUUCUUGAGAGUGGCUUGAAAGUCAAGGAGUACGAGCUUUUGAGGAGGAACUUCAGUGACACUGGCUGUUUUGGAUUCGGUAUCCAGGAGCACAUUGAUCUUGGAAUCAAGUACGAUCCUUCUACGGGUAUCUAUGGAAUGGACUUCUAUGUUGUUCUUGAACGCCCGGGAUACCGUGUUGCACGUCGCCGUAGGUGCAAGACUCGCGUUGGGAUCCAGCAUAGAGUUACCAAGGAUGAUGCCAUGAAGUGGUUCCAAGUUAAGUACGAAGGUGUUAUCCUCAACAAGUCUCAGAACAUCACUGGUUGAAGAGUUUGUUUCUUUUCAUUCUGUUUUGUGGUGUUGGCUCUUCUUAUAAUUCGCGAUUCUGGAUGAUAAGGCUUUCUUGUUGUGGUGGUAGAAUCCUUAAGUACCCUCGAGAUAUGAACAAUUUUUUUUGGAGGUUAUCUUUAUCAGUUUUAAACUC